AUGCCCUGCUUUUGUAAUUCAUUUCUUUGUGAUAAUCCAACUACUUCAUUAUGUGCUUCAAUUGUAGAACUUUAUGCAGAUUAUGAUCCAAAGAUGCUGCUACCUUUUCUACAUAGCAGUCAGCACUAUACUCUUGAGAAGGCCUAUGAAAUUUGCACUAAAAAAGAGCUACUGAAGGAGCAAGUUUUCAUCUUAGGAAGGAUGGGAAACUCAAAGCAAGCCCUAGCAGUUAUUAUAAAUAAACUGGGGGACAUUAAGGAGGCUGUAGAGUUUGUCACUAUGCAGAAUGAUGAUGAACGCUGGGAAGAAUUAAUCAAGCAAUGCAUUGACAAGCCUGAAAUGGUGGGCAUGCUAUUAGAGCAAACAGUUGGAAAUCUUGAUCCCCUCUACAUUGUAAAUAAGGUUCCCAAUGGGUUGGAAAUACCUCGGCUCAGGGAUCGGCUGGUUAAAAUUAUCACUGAUUACAGGACUGAAACCUCGCUUAGACAUGGGUGCAAUGAUAUCCUUAAGGCGGACUGUGCCAACCUUUUAAUCAAGUACUACAAGGAGGCACGUCAUGGAAUUUCUUUAGGUAGUGAAGAAGACGAGCCACGAAUAAAAAAUAGUGAGAAAUAG